GUUUGUGUUUGCAGUCAGUGUCAUUCUGGGUAAUAUUCAUGGCGGAACUUUGAAGGAGGAAUUAGCCAAUCCAACCGGCUAAAUUGUAGUGCUGAAUGUUUAAUACUUAGAGCUAGGCGUUUACUUUGUUUGAUCAUUUAGAUUCUCACCACCGUUAUCAGUACUUCGAAGUGUGCGACACUAAAUCAAAUAGUAGAAACAAGACAUGGCAGAAAGCAACGCAGAUCAGAACACUGACACGAAACAUGACAAUGCUUCCUCUCCUGGUAUUUCAGAUCAAGAAAAAGAAAUGGCCUCAAAUGCUCAUGAAGCCUUUACGGCUGGAAAAUAUGACGAGUCCCUGAUGCGUCUUCAAAGUCUUCAGGAGCUAAACAAAGAUGACUAUAAGAUUUCAAUGAAUAAGGCCGUAGCAGAGUUCUAUAAAAGUGGCCAAACCACAACUGGCACUUUAAAGCAGACUUUGAUGGCACUGAAAAGCCAGGUUCAUACAGCUGUGGAAGAUAUUGAUGGUUUAGAUGAUGUGGAGAACAGUAUACUGUACUACAAUCAAGCUAUCAUCCACUACCACAUGAGGCAGUACUCUGAAGCCAUAGCCAUUGGAGAAAAACUCUACCAGUUUCUGGAACCUUUUGAAGAAAAGUUUGCUCAGGCAGUGUGCUUCCUGCUGGUGGACUUGUACCUGCUCACCUUCCAGCCGGAGAAAGCCCUGCACUUGCUUGCCGUGCUGGAGAAGCUCAGCGUACAGGGCAAUAGCAAGAAUGGCAAAGGAGAGAAUGCGAGCGCCGGUAAAGACAACGCCAGUCAGAAAGCUGAGUUCACAGCUAUGAUUGAGGCGGCCAAAUCAAAGAUGCAUCAGUAUAAGGUGCGAGCCUACAUUCAGAUGAAGUCCCUCAAAGCCUGCAAGCGGGAGAUCAAGUCUGUCAUGAACACAGCAGGCAAUUCAGCCCCAUCCCUCUUCUUGAAAAGCAACUUUGAGUAUCUAAGAGGAAACUACCGCAAAGCCAUCAAGCUGCUGAACUCGUCGAACAUCGCAGAGCACCCUGGUCCCCUGAAAACAGGAGAGUGUGUGCGCUGCAUGUUCUGGAAUAACCUGGGCUGCAUCCACUUUGCCAUGGGAAAGCACAACCUGGGCAUCUUCUACUUCAAGAAAGCACUGCAGGAGAACGACCACACCUGUGCACAGCUAGGGGACGGCAGCGGCCAGAGUAAGAAGUUCACGGGCAUCCCCAUGUGUGCCCUCCUAGCCAACAAGAGGCACGAGCUGCUCUACAACUGUGGCAUCCAGCUGCUGCACCUGGGCCGGCCGCUGGCCGCCUUCGAGUGCCUGAUGGAAGCUGUGCAGGUCUACCAUUCCAACCCACGCCUCUGGCUGCGCCUGGCAGAGUGCUGCAUCGCUGCUAACAAAGGGAGCUCCGAACAGGAGAACAAGGGCCUGCCCAGCAAGAAGGGUAUUGUCCAGUCCAUUGUGGGCCAGGGCUAUCACCGUAAGAUUGUGCUGGCCUCCCAGUCCACGCAGAACACAGUCUACAGUGAGGGACAGUCAGCAGCCAUCCCUGUGGCUAGUAUGGAGUUUGCAGCCAUCUGUCUACGCAACGCUCUCCUGCUCCUGCCAGAGACCCAGCAGCCUGAGGCCAGAGAGCAACCACCCAGCACAGAGAGCAGUGGAGAGGGCAGUGAUCCAGCAAGUGGGAAGGGUCAAGACGGAGACAAGUUCAUUCCUGCGGCCCCGUCCUCCCCUCUGAGGAGGCAGGAGAUGGAGAACCUGAGGUGUUCCAUCCUAGCGUGUAGUGCUUAUGUGGCGCUGGCAUUGGGGGACAACAUGAUUGCACUCAGCCACUCAGAGAUGCUCCUGCAUCAGCCCAAGCUGUGUGGCUCCCUCAAGUUCCUAGGGCACUUGUAUGCAGCGGAGGCCCUCAUCUCGAUGGACCGCAUCUCUGAAGCCAUCGCCCACCUCAACCCAGAAAACGUCACCGAUGUGUCACUAGGAGUGUCACCAAGCGAGCAGGACCAGGGGACUGAUAAAGGAGAUCUGGAGCCUCUGGAGUCUUCAGGGAAGCAGACUCCUCUGUGCUACCCCAGUACUGUAAGCUCUGCCCGCGCCAUGAUGCUCUUUAACCUGGGCAGUGCCUACUGCGUGAGGAGCGAGUAUGAGAAGGCCCGCAAGUGUCUGCACCAGGCUGCCUCCAUGGUGAACACAAAGGAGAUCCCUCCAGAAGCCAUCCUUCUGGGUGUGUACUUGGAGCUACAGAACGGCAACACACAGCUAGCCCUUCAGAUCAUCAAGCGCAACCAGCUCCUGCCAUCGGUCAAGAACACAUCGUCACCAGACCUCCGCAAGAAGCCGGCGCCCCCUUACCAGCCCAGCGCCCCCCUACAGCCCAUCCAGCUGCCCUCCAGUUUCACACAGGUCCAGCGCAAGUGACCCCCCCUCGCCCCCAGAACGCACAACACUUCUCCAACUUGACCCACAGCACCCCCUGAAGGACCUUCUGAGUUAUUAAAGAGAACGCCAAGCAGCAGCAGCAGCAGCAGCAGGGGCCUCUGCCCUGGAGCAGGAUGGCUGGUAGGGGGGGCCCCUGCAUAUCUGGUUUGGGGCUGUGUGGAUGGAUGGAUGGAUGGAUGGGGGUUGGCGUUGAGGGGAGGAGGGGAUGGGUGCCUCCCACUCGCAGCCUCUACCAGCACUGGACUGCAAAGCUUUCGCCCGGCCAUGUUAAAUGUUCUUCAGCCCUUCUGUUGGAAAUCUAGAUGGGUCGUAUAACAAUAAACCAUUUACCCCACUGCG